CAGAGCCCGAGCAUUCCUUCUCUCUCGAACAAUGUCAUCCGUGAAUAAAUCCGACGCAGAGUGGAGAGCAACACUUUCUCCAGAACAGUUUAGAAUUCUGCGCGAAAAGGGCACAGAGGCAUCUGGCACUGGCGAAUAUAAUAAACAUUCUGCUCAAGGCGUAUACACUUGUGCUGGGUGUGGUGUGCCUUUGUAUAAGAGUACCACCAAGUUUAAUAGCGGAUGUGGAUGGCCAGCUUUCUUUGAUGCUAUUCCUGGCGCUGUAACCCGCCAUGAGGAUAAAUCGCUGUUCACGACAAGGACGGAGAUUGUGUGCACUGCAUGCGGCGGCCAUCUUGGUCACGUCUUCAAGGGCGAGGGGUUCCCCACACCAACGGAUGAGCGCCAUUGCGUCAACUCGGUCUCACUCACGUUCCAUGACGAGAAAUAGCAACUGUAGUAUAUACCUCAGCUGUAAGGAUCGCCAGUGAAUGAUAAUGUGAUCAUCAGCAUCUGAUAAGCUCGUUCCAAAA